GCGCGCCGCCGUUGCUAAGCUCAGUAGUAUGGAUUGAGGAGGAGGCAGGUCCCGGGGAGACUGCGGUACCGUGUUUUUACUGUUUUUACUGCUUUUACUGCACUGUUUCCUUCAUUUUCUGCUUCCAGCUCCUUAAAUACAGAGCUGACAGGGUGAUUAUAGAGGGAGGAUAACUUACCUGGCGGAGUGAAGACAAAACGGACUGAUAUAAGGAGCGAGUCUGUCUGACCACAGCGGUUCAGUAUGGGAAGCCGGGGACAUUACCGGUACCACUGGCAGAGCCACAAUGUCAAGCAAAGCGGCGUGGACGACAUGGUGCUCCUCACCAAAAUCAACGAGGAUGCCAUCGUGGAAAACCUCAAGAAGAGAUACAUGGACGACUAUAUAUUUACAUACAUCGGACCUGUGCUCAUCUCUGUUAACCCUUUCAAACAGAUGCCUUACUUUGGGGACAAAGAGGUGGAGAUGUACCAAGGAGCAGCUCAGUAUGAAAACCCUCCCCAUAUCUACGCUCUGGCAGACAACAUGUACAGAAACAUGAUGAUCGACCGUGAAAACCAGUGCGUCAUCAUCAGUGGUGAGAGCGGCGCUGGAAAGACUGUAGCAGCCAAGUACAUUAUGGGCUACAUAUCCAGAGUGUCUGGAGGAGGACCCAGAGUACAGCAUGUCAAAGACAUCAUCCUGCAGUCCAACCCUCUCCUGGAGGCUUUCGGAAACGCCAAGACGCUGAGAAACAACAACUCCAGCCGAUUCGGGAAAUACUUUGAGAUUCAGUUCAGCUCUGGCGGGGAACCAGAUGGCGGGAAAAUCUCCAACUUCCUGUUGGAAAAGUCUCGCGUGGUUAUGAGGAACCCAGGAGAGAGAAGCUUCCAUAUCUUCUACCAGUUGAUAGAGGGGGCGAGUGGAGAUCAGAAGAGCAGUCUUGGAAUCACCAGCCUGGACUAUUACUCCUACCUCAACCAGUCCGGAUCCUACAAGGUGGACGAUAUCAACGACAAGAGCGACUUCCAGGAAACUCUGCAUGCUAUGGAUGUGAUUGGCAUCUCAAGGGAGGACCGCACCAUGGUGCUGCAGAUUGUGGCUGGAGUUCUUCACCUGGGCAACAUCAGCUUCAGAGAGGCUGGAAACUACGCAGCGGUGGAGAGCGAGGAGUUCCUGGCCUUCCCCGCCUUCCUGCUGGGUAUCGACCAGGCUCGACUGAAAGAGAAACUGACCAGUCGUAAGAUGGACGGCCGAUGGGGAGGGAAGUCGGAGUCUAUAGACGUGACCCUGAACGUGGAGCAGGCGUGUUUCACGCGGGACGCUCUCUCCAAAGCUCUGCACGCUCGCGUCUUUGACUUUCUAGUAGAGUCGAUCAAUAAAGCCAUGGUGAAGGAUCAUCAGGAGCUGAAUAUCGGUGUGCUGGAUAUUUAUGGGUUUGAGAUUUUUCAGAAAAAUGGAUUUGAACAGUUCUGCAUCAACUUUGUGAAUGAGAAACUGCAGCAGAUCUUCAUUGAGCUCACGCUGAAAGCAGAACAGGACGAGUAUGUGCAGGAAGGAAUCCGAUGGACUACCAUUGAAUAUUUCAACAACAAGAUUGUGUGUGACCUGAUUGAGAGUAAAAUAAAUCCUCCAGGCAUCAUGAGCAUCCUGGAUGAUGUGUGUGCUACGAUGCAUGCGAAGGGGGAGGGUGCAGACCAGACCAUGCUGCAGAAACUGAGAAUGCAGAUCAACAACCAUGAGCACUUCAACAGCUGGAACCAAGGCUUCAUAAUCCACCAUUACGCUGGAAAGGUGUCGUAUGACGCUGAGGGAUUCUGUGAGAGGAACAGAGAUGUCCUGUUUACGGAUCUGAUCGAGCUCAUGCAGAGCAGUGAAAUAGCUUUUAUCCGGGCUCUGUUCCCAGAAAACCUCAACGCUGACAAGAAAGGUCGACCCACGACAGCAGGCAGUAAAAUCAAGAAACAAGCUAAUGAUCUGGUGAGCACACUGAUGAAGUGCACUCCUCACUACAUCCGCUGUAUCAAACCCAACGAGACCAAGAAACCCAAAGACUGGGAGGAGAGCAGAGUGAAACACCAGGUCGAGUAUCUCGGUCUAAAGGAGAAUAUCAGAGUAAGACGUGCUGGAUACGCCUACAGGAGGGUCUUCCGGAAGUUCCUCAACAGGUACGCUAUCCUGACGAAGGAGUCGUGGCCGACGUGGCGUGGAGAUGAGAAGCAGGGAGUUCUGCACCUCCUCCGCUCGGUCAACAUGGACCAGGACCAGUAUCAACUGGGCCGCACCAAGCUGUUCAUUAAAGCACCAGAGUCGCUUUUCCUUCUGGAGGAGACCAGAGAGCGAAAGUUUGACGGCUACGCCCGAGCCAUCCAGAAAGCCUGGCGUCAGUACGUGGCCCGCAAGAAAUACGUACAGAUGAGAGAAGAGGCUUCUGAUCUUUUGCUGAACAAAAAGGAGAGGAGGAGGCACAGCCUGAACAGGAACUUUAUAGGAGAUUACCUGGGCAUGGACGACCGGCCUGAGCUCAGACAGUUCCUCGGCAAGAGAGAGAAGAUCGACUUUGCAGACAAAGUUACCAAAUAUGACCGACGCUUUAAGGGCAUUAAGAGAGAUCUGAUCCUGAGCCCCAAGUGUGUGUAUCUGAUCGGGAGAGAGAAGGUGAAGCAGGGCCCAGAGAAAGGCCAGAUAAAGGAGGUGCUGAAGCGCAGAGUUGAUGUGGAGAAAAUUAUGGCUGUUUCUUUAAGCACUUUGCAAGACGACUUUAUGAUUCUGCAUGAGCAGGAGUACGACAGCCUGCUGGAGUGUGUGUUUAAGACUGAAUUCAUCAGCCUGCUCUCACGCAGAUUUGAGGAGAAGACCCAGAGGAAGCUGCCACUCAAAUUUGGAAACACAUUGGAGAUGAAGCUGAAGAAAGAGAGCUGGGGGCCCUGGAGUGCCGGAGGUUCACGGCAGGUGCAGUUUAUUCAGGGUCAGGGAGACGCUGCUGUACUGCGACCGUCCAACAAGAUGCUGCAGGUCAGCAUUGGACCGGGCCUGCCUAAGAACUCCCGUCCCACUAAGAAAAGCAUCAUUGGUCAGAGCCACUCGAACAUGUCCCGGCCGCUCCACCACACCCCGACUCGGGUUGCACCCGGACCUCCAGUUCAUCAGAACGGAGGGUUAAAACAUAGCAAUCAUGCUGCCAGCCAGAGGAACCAGCAGCACCAGAGCAGCCAGAGGUCGGCACCGGCCAACCAAUCCCGCCCUUUCCUGCCUGUCACAGCCAAUCAGCUGAAGGACAGAAGCAGCAGGCAAUCAGCCCAGCAACCCAACCUGGACUGCCUUAGGGUGCCUGAUCAGGGAGCUGCAGGAAACCAGCGGCCAGCAGCAAACGGAGGAAUAGCUCACAGGCAGUCGACCAACAGACCCGCGCCCGGAGGCGGCCGGCCGAAGCCAGCACCCAAACCCAAGCCGCAGGUUCCUCAGUGUAAAGCUCUGUACGCGUACGACGCCCAGGACACCGACGAGCUCAGCUUCAACGCAGACGACAUCAUCGAAAUUACCAUGGAGGAUGCCUCAGGCUGGUGGACGGGGAGACUGAGAGGUAAACAGGGUCUUUUCCCCAACAACUACGUCACCAAGAUCUAACUCCACCUCCUGCAGCUGAGGGCCGGCCGGCGCAUCACCGGCGCACCACACGUACCUCAGAGGACUCCCACUGCAGAGAACCAGAGAGAGGGGUGGGAGCGCCGCCAUGGUGGAGGUCUCGGCCUUACUGCAUCCUGUCCCUGUUCUCACAGAGGGGCAGUUUCACAGCACAGCUCGCCGGCGCCACCACCAGACUUCUCUCCAGGGCUAAGUGUUACACAGUCCCUGUGAGCACUGAUCAAAACUAUUUAUUAUGUAUUUAUAGCUUCAUUUUACUUCGGUUUUUGUUUAUGGUUUCAGCCAUCAGUGAUAUUUAAAGUGAUCUUACUGCGUUUGAAGACCACAUGGAGCAUCCAUCCUGUUUGGGACCUUGAAUUAUUAUUUUUUUGCUUCUAAAAUUGAAGGAUUUUUAAGGUAAAUGAAGGUGCUUCUCUGUAGGUUCACCUGCUGUUUGUUGGUUUAUAAUCUCUAGUAGCUUUAUGUUCAAAUCUAUGGGUUUAGUAGGGAAAAUUUUGCUGCUAAUACCUGUUUUUUCUGUAUUAUUGCAUCUCAAAAAUGUACUUUUUUGAAGCUUUAGAAGUAAACAACCCCCCCCAAACACACUUAUGAUCAUCAUCAUCAUCAUCAUCACCAGGAGCACAUCCGUUACUGCAUAACUGUACAUGAUGCUGUGUGUUAAAAGAAAAAAGCACUUUAUCAGUAUGAAUUUGUACCGGGUGUUCCUGCUGCCCCGCGGACAGCCCGCACCAGGAUGUAUAUAUAUAUGAAGGUUUGCCAAAGAUGCGCUAGUUUCAGAAAGGGAACUGAUUGUUUUUAAACAGUUUGUUUACAUGAUUUAUACAGGCAUUCGCAUCGAUGUAUCUCAAAUAUUUUGUACUACUUUGUUAAUAAUAGGAUGAACUAAUUGUGUUCCUUGUGCUCUUAUUGCUUGUUUUGGCUGUUAUGUUUUUUUUUUCUAUGAAUAAUACAAACUAGGGGGUGUUAGGGGGUUGUUUAGAUGCACAUUGGACCAAAACGACAUUCUUCUUUUACACACAGUUAUCUGUAAGCCUUAAGCAGUUCACCCCCAUCACUGUUAACAGAACCAAAUACAUGAACUGUUUGCGUUUGGUAACAGGUGCUCAUUGUUUCAUUACAAAUGAAUUAAUUAAUGAACAGCA